CGAAUGAACGACUGCACCAUGACAACGAGAGAAGGAACUGCAACAACUUGUUGAUUCACUAAACAAAAAAAUAAUCCAUCUAUGGUUUAUGCGUACAUAGUAAGAAAAUGAGAGCCGUACUAGCAUGGCAAGAUAAAGUUCGAGAACGUGUCUACGACCUCGCGUUUAAGCCAGAUGGGAGCCAACUCAUUAUAGCUGCGGGGCUUCGUGUGCUGGUCUGUGAUGCAGCAGAAGGAACUAUUAUUCAGCCUUUAAAAGGACACAAAGAUACAGUUUACUGUGUGGCCUAUGCUAAGGAUGGUAAAAGAUUUGCCUCAGGGUCAGCUGACAAAAGUAUUAUCAUCUGGACUUCUAAACUAGAGGGUAUUCUAAAAUAUACUCAUAAUGACUCUAUUCAGUGUGUGGCCUACAACCCAGUCACUCACCAACUUGCCUCCUGCUCCUCUGGUGACUUUGGUCUGUGGUCUCCAGAACAAAAAUCUGUGAACAAACAUAAAGUGAGCAGCAAAAUAACAUGUUGUGGCUGGACAAAUGACGGUCAGUAUCUUGCUAUCGGCAUGAUGAACGGAGUGGUGAGCAUACGGAACAAAAACGGAGAGGAGAAGGUCAAAAUCGAGCGUCCAGAGGGUUCCUCCUCUCCCAUCUGGUCAAUAGCCUGGAAUCCGUCAAAGGAUGAACACCAUGAUAUUCUGGCUGUGGCAGACUGGGGUCAAAAGCUCUCUUUCUACCAGCUCAGUGGAAAACAGAUUGGAAAAGACAGGUCUCUAAACUAUGACCCAUGCUGCGUCAGCUAUUUCUCCAAGGGCGAGUACAUAGUGAUGAGUGGCUCUGAUAAACAGGUGUCCCUCUACACUAAAGAUGGUGUGCGGUUAGGAACCAUUGGAGAGCAGAAUGCCUGGGUGUGGACAUGCAGAGUGAAGCCUGACUCCAACUUUGUGGUGUUGGGCUGCCAGGAUGGGACCAUCGCUUGCUACCAACUUGCCUUCAGCACAGUUCAUGGCCUUUACAAGGAUCGUUAUGCUUACAGAGACAGCAUGACUGACGUCAUCGUCCAGCACCUCAUCACUGAGCAAAAAGUGAGGAUCAAGUGUCGCGAAUUGGUGAAGAAGAUUGCAAUCUACAGAAACCGUCUUGCCAUCCAGCUGCCUGAGAAGAUCCUCAUCUAUGAGCUUAACUCAGAUGAAUCCUCUGACAUGUCCUACCGCAUCAAGGAGAACAUUUGCAGGAAGUUUGAAUGCAACCUGCUGGUGGUCUGUUCCCAGCAUAUAAUUCUGUGUCAGGAGAAGAGACUCCAGUGCCUGUCCUUCACCAGCGUCAGGGAAAAAGAAUGGGUGAUGGAAUCUCUAAUUCGCUACAUCAAAGUCAUUGGUGGUCCACCAGGCAGGGAGGGCUUGCUUGUGGGCUUAAAGAACGGAUCUAUCCUGAAGAUAUUUGUUGACAACCCGUUUCCCAUCACGCUACUGAAGCUGUCAACAUCAGUGCGAUGUCUGGACAUGAGUGCUUCUCGCAAUAAACUGGCUGUGGUGGAUGAGCACAGCACUCUUUUGGUUUAUGACAUCAACAGCAAAGAACUACUUUUUCAGGAGCCAAAUGCCAACAGUGUGGCCUGGAACACCCAAUGUGAGGACAUGCUGUGCUUCUCUGGAAAUGGCUACCUUAACAUCAAGGCUAGCAACUUUCCUGUACACCAGCAGAAGAUGCAAGGUUUUAUAGUUGGCUACAACGGCUCAAAGAUCUUCUGCCUCCAUGUUUAUUCCAUGUCUGCAGUGGAGGUGCCUCAGUCUGCACCCAUGUACCAGUACCUGGAAAGGAAGAUGUUUAAAGACGCCUACCAGAUUGCAUGUCUUGGUGUGACUGAUAGUGACUGGAGGGAUUUGGCUACAGAAGCUCUGGAGGGACUUGACUUUGAAACCGCCAAGAAGGCCUUUAUUAGAAUCAGAGACCUGCGCUAUCUGGAGCUGAUCAACAGCAUUGAGGAGAGGAAGAAGCGGGGUGAGAACGACAAUGAGCUGUUCCUGGCAGACGUCUAUGCCUUCCAGGGGAAAUUCCACGAGGCAGCCAAGCUCUACAAACGCACUGGCCACGAAUCUAGAGCUCUGAGGAUGUACACUGACCUGCGGAUGUUUGAGUACGCCAAGGAGUUUGUUGGGACUACAGACCCUAAGAGCUCUCGAAUGCUAAUGACCAAGCAGGCAGACUGGGCUAAAAGCAGCAAGGAGCCACGAGCUGCAGCAGAAAUGUACUUGUCCGCAGGAGAACAUCUGAAAGCUAUAGACAUUAUUGGAGAGCACGGCUGGGCAGACAUGUUGAUUGACAUUGCACGUAAGUUGGACAAGGCUGAGCGUGAACCACUGGCAAAAUGUGCACUUCACUUCAAGAGGCUGAAACACCAUGGCUAUGCUACAGAAACUUAUUCAAAAAUGGGAGACUUGAAGGCUCUGCUGGACCUGCAUGUGGAAACCCGACACUGGGACGAGGCCUUCUCACUGGUGGAGAAGCACCCUCACUUCAAAAAUGAUGUCUUUGUGCCUUAUGCCCAAUGGUUGGCUGAGAAUGACCGUUUUGAGGAGGCGCAAAAAGCAUUUCACAAGGCUGGGCGUCAGAAUGAAGCCGUAAAAGUCCUAGAACAGCUUACCCACAAUGCAGUGGUGGAGAACAGGUUCAAUGGUGCAGGCUACUACUACUGGAUGCUGUCUAUGCAGUGUUUGGACAUCGCCAGAGAAAGUGAAGAACAGAAGGAUGAAAUGCUGAAGAAGUUUGAGCGAUUUCAGCACCUUGCUGAGCUUUACCACGUUUAUCACUCCAUUCAGCGUUACACGGAUGAACCCUUCAGUUCACACAUGCCAGAGACGCUCUUCAACAUCUGCAGAUUCCUACUAAACAACCUCACCAGGGACAUACCUCCAGGAAUUUCUAAAGUUAACACGCUUUAUGCGUUGGCCAAGCAGAGUCGAAAACUGGGUGCAUAUAAACUCGCCAGGUAUUCCUACGAGAAGCUCCAGGAGCUGCACAUUCCAUCACGCUUCUUGGAGUCCAUAGAACUGGACAGCCUCACCAUUCGCUCCAAGCCUUUCCAUGACAGUGAGGACCUUAUUGAGGGCAUGAUGUGCUACCGUUGCUCCACCAACAACCCCCUUCUGAACAACCAGGGCAGUGUGUGCAUCAACUGCAGGCAGCCUUUUAUCUACUCAGCUUCAUCUUAUGAGGUGCUGCCUCUGGUGCAGUUCUACCUGGAGGAGGCGAUCAGUGAUGAAGAAGCCCUGUCCCUUAUUGACCUGGAAGUCCCUCACACAGAUCAGAGGGACGCACAGGGACAGGAUAUAGACAACGGUGAGCUGCAGGCUUUGAGGAUUGAUGAUGGUUUAGAUGGUGCAAUGGAAGAUCCAUUUACAGCCAAAAUGAGCUUUGAGCAAGGGGGCUCCACCUUUGUCCCUGUCAAGGUGAGCCGUUCGGUGCUGCGCUCCAUGAGCAGAAGGGACGUCCUGAUCAAACGCUGGCCCAGGCCACUCAAAUGGGAAUACUUCCGCUCCCUGCUGCCUGAUGUGAGCAUCACCAUGUGCCCCACCUGCUUCAAGAUGUUUCACAGUGAGGAUUAUGAGCUCCUGGUGUUACAGCACAGCAGCUGUCCUUACUGCCGCAGACCCAUCGACGAACCAAACUGACGUACACUAAACUGGAGCAGCUUUGUUUAUUGUUUCAGCUUAUUAUUCUCCAUCUUUUCAGUAAUCUGUCACUGUAUCUGCAUUUGCAUUGUAAUAAAGCUGUAACUGUAAUAUGAUGUGAGGAUGUUUGUUAGUGAAGCCCUUUUUCAAGAGCAGCUCUUUGUUAUUCAGGGAUGAAUGGCGUGGUAAUGCCUGUAGUGUUUGUGUGUUGGUCAUUAUAGAGUGUAAAAGAAGUGCACCAUCAGCCAAUCAAUCCAACUGGAUUAAUGGGAUCAGAUUACCUUAGGCUGUCUGUAAAAACAUCAUAACUUGGUGUACAGUGUAAAAUUGUGAUUAGAGAAACAAAUGCAUUAUAUAUAUAUA